CUCUUUGAAGCGGUUCAGCAAGAACUUGAAGCCCCAGGUUUGUGGUUCGUUUAGCCCUCUCUAUACUGAACAGGACGUGAAUCCUGCGACGACUUCAGGCUCGCGAAUUGCCGGAAUGGUUUGCGUGGCAUGUCACAGUUGUGACUCCUUGCCCUCCUUACAGGCUAUUCGCCCACAAACUGACUUUAACCUUGCUCGACGACACCAUUGCUCACGAUGGACCGACUGGAAUCUUUGGGGAACACGCUCUCCCAGAUUACGAUGUACGACAUCAAGACCAUGUAUAAUCAGGCCAAAAAUGUCGUGUUAAACGUCAGCGAGAUAGAGGCAAAGGUCAGGGAGGCUACCAAUGAUGAUCCUUGGGGCGCAAGUUCUACGCUGAUGCAAGAUAUUGCUAACAGAACCUUCAACUAUCCAGAUUUUAAUGAAAUAAUGCCCAGCAUAUACUCGAGGUACAUGGAGAAGGAAGCCAGGCAAUGGAGGCAGAUUUAUAAGGCUCUUCAACUCUUAGAAUACCUCAUCAAGCACGGCUCAGAACGUGUCGUGGAUGAUGCGCGCGCUCAUAUUUCUACGAUCAAAAUGUUAAGGAAUUUCCACUACAUUGAUGACAAGGGUAAGGAUGAAGGCAUCAAUGUUCGGAAUCGUUCGAAGGAAAUCGUAGAGCUUCUUUCCGACGUGGAAAAGAUAAGGGCAGAACGGCGAAAAGCGAAGGCGAACAAACACAAAUACGUCGGCACAGGGAAUGACGGGCUCAGCUUCUCUAGUGGAGGCAGUCGGUAUGGUGGCUUUGGUAGUGACUCACCGGGCGGCGGCAGUUACAGCGGUAGCGCGAGUUUUGGAAAUGACUAUAAUGGCUCAUACAACGGCUCAAGCAGUUCUGGGUUUCGGGAUGACUCUCGUCGUGGAUACGAAGAGUAUAAUGCCGGUGACGACGAGACUAUAACUACUACUCCAGAUCGGUCUAGCAGUAUGGGGUCUACGCGUGUCCCUCCUACUCGAAAGCCAACUGCACCCCUUCCCGCCACAGUGCCAGUACCAGAAGUAGAUCUUCUCGGUGGCUUAGAUGAUGAUGCCUUUGCCUCAGCCCCCGCACCACAGACUAAGGCGACCAGUGUAUUCGCUACGGAUAAGGCGUUACCAGCCGUCUCUCAACCUAAUAUUAGUAUAGAUGACGAUGAAUUUGCGGAUUUCCAAGCAGCGCCUUCUUCGCCAGCUCCCACCGUAACGACAUCUCCAACCGUCGCUCCUAUGAACGCCAAGCUCAACCUCAUGGAAAUGCUUAACUCUUCUCCGACAAGCUCUGCACAAACAGCACGUCCGACUAGCACAGACUUCAUGCAGACUUCAGUGCAGCCACAACCUAUAGGGAUGGGGAUAGGGUCAAAUUUUAAAAUGGGUAUGAGCGGAAGUGGACACAGGCCUUCUCCGUCACUGUCUGCUUCUGUAUCUCCGCCACUGCAACCUCAGCAACCUAACACCAACCUUUUCGGAGGGUCGACCGUCAUGAAUCCUAUGACAACCACCUCGUCUUUCUCUGCGGUCCCCAUGCGACCUACGCCUCCAUCCGUCUCAUCCACAACGUCAGUCUCGUCGACAGCACCAAAGCCUGCCCCAAGUGCCAACUUUGACGACUUGUGGUCGAUGUCCUUGGGAGGCGGCUUGGUAACCAAACCAGUCACGCCGAUUGCUGUAGGUGGUGGGAAAUCGAUGAAAGAUCUCGAAAAAGAGAAGGCUAGCGCCGGCUUGUGGGGUGGUGCUACAUCUAAACCACCAAUAGGCGCUCAAUCUUUUGGGUCCUUCGGUCCCGCUACGACUCCCGCCAACAGUGCAUCCAAUGGUGGUGUGGAUGAUUUGCUACUAUGAUUUCGGUGUUAAUAAUUGGGAGGUUUCUCUUCUCUCUUUAAAACUGCCUUGUUGGAUAAUCAUGGAGAUCUUUGAAAUCACUAUAACUCAAUCACAAUAGAUUCUGCCUCUCAUCUCCGAGUUCCCGUACCCUCUCAAUUUGCCACCUCCGUAAUUCAAUCCAGCAAAAUCACCGCACUCGAGGAAGGGGGAGGGGAUGUUAUUGUAUGACGAGGUGGUUGGUAACAUUGUGUCACAGCUAAGCAUCCGAACCAGUACGGCCGGAAUACAUCGCACUAUCACUGCCAAUCGUACUAUGUAUUAAAAUCUCCGACAUGUCGUCUUCCAAGAAAGUCUAAUCAUUAUGCAUUUUGGUUGUAGAAUUGGCC